AUGGCUUGCCGCCCUUGGCCCGUUUCGCUCGUGGCAUUUCUGCUGUCAUCGUGCUUACACUGCUGUGAGAGUGUUCUGAUAGAAGGUCACUCAGCUUCAGUCCGAACUGGUUUGAAGUCUUCCCACUCCGUGGUGCUCAAGCGUGCCAACCACACAGUGGCGCAGAAGUUGAGUAGGGCCAGUAGAUUGCAGGCAUUUAGCAGUGUGGAUGCGUUAAGCUCGGUGGUGCACAAGACUGCGUACUAUGGCAACAUCCACAUUGGUCAUCCAGAGCAAACCGCAACGGUAGUAUUCGACACAGGUAGUGGGAACUUGAUGGUGCCCUCCACUUUGUGCGAUGACGCUGCAUGCCUGAGGCACAAGCGUUUCGAUGCCUCUAAGUCUGCUUCAGCAGUGAACAUGCAGUCAGAUGGAUCGAAAGCCGGUGCCAACGACCAGCGCGAUCAACUCACCGUGACCUUUGGAACCGGUGAGAUCACCGGUGUUUUCUUGAAAGACGACGUUUGCAUUGGCAAUUUGUGCGCCAACAUGAACUUCAUUGGAGCUUCCCAUGAGACCGCGGAGCCCUUUGGAUCUUUUGACUUUGACGGAGUCUUGGGCCUGGCUCUCUCUGGAAUGACGCAGGGGCCACAUUUCAGCAUCAUGGAUCGAAUGGAGGCCGCAGGCAACCUGAAGCAUCCCAUCUUCGCAGUGUUCCUGUCGGACUCCGACAGUGAAGAUUCAGAGAUCACCUUCGGAGACAUCAAGCAGGAGAGGAUGGUGGGCGACAUGUUUUGGGUUCCGGUCUCCCGGCAGACAGGUUAUUGGCAGGUGCAGAUGGAAGAUAUUGCCAUCGGCAACCAGCAGCAAAAGCUCUGCUCCGACUGCCAGGUGGCUGUGGAUACCGGCACCUCCAUGCUGGCCGGGCCCAGCAGGGUGAUCCACGAGCUCACGAGGCGACUUCGAGUGGCACCAGAUUGCUCCAACUACCAGGAUCUUCCAGACCUUGGCUUCGUAGUGGCGGGCCAUGUGAUGAAUCUGAAACCCUCGGACUAUGUGGACAAGUCUGCUGGCAGCUGUUCUCCUUCCCUCAUGAGCCUGGAUGUGCCACCUCCGAAUGGCCCUCUCUUCAUCUUUGGGGAUCCCUUCCUGCGGAAGUUCUACUCCGCCUACGAUCUGCGCCGCCAGCGUGUGGGCUUUGCCGUGGCACGCCACGUGGGAGUGCCAGAAGAGAAGGCCCAGGCCUUACUGGUUUCAUUGAGCUCUGGCAAGGUCCAGAAGGCAGGUGCCUUCCUGUCUGCCAACGCUUUCAAGGGCAUCCAGGGCGAGAACAUGAGAUACAUCCAGGGUGAGUCGGGCAUGAAGAUCCACGUUGAGGACUUUGUGGUUGGUUCGGGUGAGAUGGCUGAGCAGGUCGUAUCUUGCGCUGGACCGCUGAGGGGGCUGGAAGUGGUGGUUUCCUUCCUCUUAGAGAAGGUCGCCGAGGUGUCUUCUCAGCCAUGGUUUAGGGACUGGGCCUUUAAUCACAAAGCUUGCCCCGGAGGAAUUCCAGGGCAGGCGCCGAAGGGUGGCGCUGGUGGCCAUGGUGGCCUGAAGGGUGGCCUGAAGGGGCCACCAGUUGGAGGCUGCAGCCUGGGUGGCUAUGGUCCAGCAGGAUAUGCCAAAGGCGGCAAGGAUGCAGGGAAGAUGGGUGGCAAAGGCUAUGCUUCAGCCCCUGUGACGCCCGCGGCUGGCAUGCAGCUACUGAAAGGUGCCCUUUCAGCGCUGCCCAGCGAGCUGGCAAAUCCCAUGGACCAAUCGCAAGUGGUGCAGUACCUUUGCCCCGCCAAUUUGGUGGCAAACGUUGGCAAUUCUCUUCUGGAGAUUUCAGGUGCCACCGCGACGCACAUUGACGUCCGAGACGCGCCGGGAAAUCCUGCGGAGAAAGCUAUCACAAUCAGUGGCAAUGCUGUUGGCUGCUGUGUGGCCUAUUUGCACGUGGUGUCAAGAUUCUCCGGUGUCCAGCCGGGAGGCCGAGAGAUGAUGCAACCGGUGCAACAAAUGCAGCAAGGUUUCAAUGCACCUGCUGGAGCCGGCAUGAACUGCAUGGGUGGCAUGGGCAACAUGUGUGGGAUGGGUGGCAUGAACAUGGGCUGCAUGGGCAACACGGGCAACGGUGGCAUGUGCUGCAUGGGCGGCAUGGGUGGAGCGGGAAGCAUGGGCGCGAUGGGCAAUGCGGGCAACAUGGGCAACAUGGGCAACACAGGCAGCAUGGGCAACAUGGGCAUGGUCGGUUCUGGCAGUUUCCUGUGAGCCCCGGGCAGCCCCAGCUCGUGGCGGUGGACGUGACCGUGGUCACCGUGGUCGGUUGACUCUGGUCGACACGGCUGCGGCCCAAAGAGGGGGGAUCCCCAGGCCGCAGCGUGCGCAGGAGGUGUCCCAUUCCCGGGCUUGUCGCGUUCGAAAAG